AUGAGAACGUACUAUGCCCUACUACUGCUACUCCAAUUCUUGGGUGUAAAUUCUGAAUUGAUCAGUUUGCUAACUGGUACUGCAAUUGCUAUCUCCGCCGGUGCUUUCUGGGGGCUGAGAGAUCGCCUGAGAUGUCACCUAUACGAGUGCUGCCACGAACCAGACGUAAACUUCAAUCAUCAUUCUCUGGAUGCAGACAUUGCGAAUCUCUUAUAUGGACAGCAUUUAGUGAAAGACGUUGUUGUUAAUGCUAUAAAAGCCCACUGGUUCAACGAGAGUCCUCGAAAGCCACUCGUUCUUUCUUUUCAUGGUUAUACGGGUUCUGGAAAGAACUAUGUCGCUGAAAUCAUUGCGAAUAAUACGUUCAAACAAGGAUUGCGCAGCAACUUUGUUCAGCACAUUGUUGCGACUAACGACUUCCCAGAUAAAAGCAAAAUUGAAGAUUAUCAGAUGGAAUUGCGAAAUAGGAUUUUAACAACUGUACAAAAGUGUCACCGAUCAAUUUUUAUUUUCGAUGAGACUGACAAACUCCCAGAGCAAUUACUCGGAGCAAUCAAACCGUUUCUUGAUUAUUACUCUUCUGUUUCCGGUGUUGAUUUCCGAAGAAGCAUCUUCAUUCUACUAAGUAAUAAGGGAGGAGGAAAAAUCGCUGAAAUCACACUAAAACAAUAUGAAAAUGGAUAUCCACGAGAACAACUCAGAUUGGAAUCGUUCGAGAGAGAUCUAAUGAAUUUUUCAUUCAACGAAAAAGGUGGACUUCAGAUGAGUGAACUUAUCUCAAAUCAUCUUAUUGACCACUUCAUUCCAUUUCUUCCUUUACAACGAGAACAUGUUAAAAGCUGUGUUGGUGCAUAUCUUCGAAAACGCGGACGCAGUGAUCUUGUAUCAGAUGUUGAAUUCGUAGAAAGAGUACUGAAUUCACUUCAAUACUUCCCAGAGUCUUCAAAAGCGUUCUCCUCUUCCGGGUGUAAACGAGUAGAUGCAAAAACGGAUCUUGAGUUGGCGAAAAUGCGACCGCCCACUUCACAUUUACAGUUUGACGAUGAGCUCUAG